UCCCCUUCCUUCUUCUCCUCCUCCUCCUCCUCGUCCCGGCAGGGCGCAUUUCUCCCCGGCCUCGGGUCCGGGAGCAUGAGGGGCGCAAUGCGGGGGUCUGCGGGCCCGGGGCCGCCCCCCCCGCCGCAGCUGCUGCAUUUGCUGCAUCUGCUGCAUCUGCUGCAGCUGUUGCUGCUGCUCUUGGUCCGGGGCGCGGCGGCGCAGUACUCCAGCGACCUCUGCAACUGGAAGGGCAGCGGGCUGACCCACGAGUCGCACAAGAAGGACGUCGAACAAGUUUACCUCCGCUGCUCCGAAGGGUCGAUCGAGUGGAUGUACCCCACCGGGGCGCUGAUCGUGAACCUGCUCCCCAACACGCUGUCCUCGUCCAACAAGCAUUUGACUGUUUGCAUAAAGCCCUUCAAGGACUCCACGGGAGCUAAUAUUUAUUUGGAAAAAACUGGAGAACUGAAGCUCUUGAUCCGGGAUGGAGAGUCCAGCCCCAAGAAGGUAUCGUGCUUUGGCUUCGAGCAGGGGGGGCUGUUUGUGGAGGCCACCCCUCAGCUGGACAUUAGCAGGAAGAUCACACGCUUCCAGUAUGAACUGAUAGACAAGAGAACAGCCUCUGAUUUGCACACAGUUUCUGAAUCGCCUCAGCCCCUGGAGAGCUGUAGAGGGGAAGACCACCUCGGCCACCCGGCCGACCUCGUGGAGAGGGCGAGGAAGGAAAAAGAGGAGCAUCUGCGACCCCACCAGCUCAACAGCAAGCUGCACGACCAUCCCCUGGCGGAGCCCACCAAGGACAGGGGCGUGCGGGCCUGUGCCACCCACCACGCCCAGCUGACCCACUUCUGCCACCUGGACCAGCAGUGCAUCUGCCUGGAGUGCGGCAGGGAAGACCACCUCGGCCACCGGGCCGACCCCCUGGAGAGGGCGAGGAAGGAAAAGGAGGAUGAACUUCGCCUCACCCAACUGGACUUCGAACGAAGGAUCUCGACGGCCGAGAAUGCUAUCGCCAGACUACAGGCCAACACCAAGUCCAUCGUGAACUCCGUCUCCGAAGUGAAGGCUGCGGCGGAAGAGCAGUUUGGAGAGCUGAUGGAGGCGGUCCGGAAGGCCCAGUCCGAGGUCCUGGACUUCCUGGAGGGGAAGGAGCGGGCCGCCGUGAGCCACGCCGACGGCAUCAGGACUCACCUGGAGAACCAGUGUGCCCAGAUGGGGCAGAGCCAGCGGCAGCUGGAAGGGAUAGCCGGACUCACCAAUUCCGUCCUCUUCCUGGAGGAAUACUGCAAGUUCAAAAAGAGCGUGGAAGACAGCCCGGUGCCAAGCGUUUACAUUGGCUUGAAGGACAAGCUUUCCGGCAUCCGGACGGUCAUCACCGACUCCACCACUCUGCUCGUCCAGCAGCUGCAGAACUACAAGGGGAAACUCCAGGAGUUUGCAAAGGAGGAGGAGUACGAGAUCUCUACCCAGGUGUCGGCCUUCGUCCCCCGCAAAUACUGGGUCUCCUACCCGGAGCCUGUCAGUCGGCAGGAGUUUCUCAAGUACGCCUACUCGAUCUCGUUCGACCCCGACACGGCCCACCGGUACCUGCGGCUGCUGGAGGAGAACCGCCGGGUGACCAACACGACCCCCUGGGAGCACGCUUACCCCGACCACCCGGACCGGUUCGAGCACUGGCGCCAGGUGCUGGCCAAGCAGAGCCUCUACCUGCACCGCUACUAUUUCGAGGUGGAGGUUUCCGGGGCCGGCACCUACGUGGGGGUGACCUACCGCAGCAUCGACCGUAAGGGGACGGAGAGCAACAGCUGCAUCUCCGGGAACAACUUCUCCUGGAGCCUCCACUGGGGCGGCCGAGAGUUCUCCGCCUGGCACAGCGACGCGGAGCUGCCCCUGCAAGCCGGCCCCUUCCCCAGACUCGGCGUCUACCUCAACUAUCCCGGGGAGACCCUCUCCUUCUACGGCGUCUCGUCCGACUCCAUGACGCUCCUCCACAGGUUCAGCUGCAAGUUCGCCGAGCCCGUCUUCCCCGCCUUCUGGCUGUCCAAGAAAGAGAACUCGGUCAGGAUCGUGGAGCCGACCGCAGACGGGCCGGAGAGCGUGGCCUCUCCCCCGGCCCCUCCCUCCCCCUCGGAUCAGCUCGGUUAAGGGAAGCAGCGUGGCCUGGUGGGUAGAGCCCGGGGCCUGGGAGUCAGAGGAUCUGAGUUCUUAUCUUGCAUCCACCAUUCGCCUGGCACGUAACUGUGGGCAAGCCGUUUCACUUCUCUGGGCCUCAGUUACCUCAUCUGUAGAAUGGGAAUCGAAUCCUCCUCCCUCCUUCUUAGAC